CAGACUUGUGGGUGUGGUUGGACCAUAUUCGUACCUACGUUUGACGGCAGAUGGCAAUGCUACAGUGAUUGGUCAGUCACACAGUGGACCAAUGCUCUUUCCCCGACGAUGCCAUCAUUAUUUUGACAAUUUGACCAGAGCAUCGACAUUAGAGUCAGUCACCUCCCCUGCCCUUUUAUUUAUCAACGCCCCUUCCUCUCCUCUCGAUCUCCCUCUACUCUGCGCCUCUCUGCCUUCCUCUUACUCUGAAAAUAUUUUCUUCCUUUCUUAUAUGGUGUUUCGGUUCCAGACAUGGCGGUGGAGCUCAUGAUGGGUCAUAGGCACGACCACCGGUUCGCUCUCCCGGAGGGGAGAGAGACCGCCGUGGAGGAGGCCGCCGCUGCCGGCCUCGAGAGCAUAGAGAAGCUCGUCAGACUAAUUUCGCAGAGAUCGUCCGUGGACAUGGAGUCUGACUGCAGGGCGGUCGCAGACGUCGCGGUUUCUAAGUUCAGGAAGGUUAUUACCCUUCUGGGUCGGACCAGAACCGGCCACGCGCGGUUCAGAAGAGCUCCUCAGGCUCUUCCCCUGAACCGGGACCAAGAGCAACAUAGUGGGUCUGCUCCCGCUUAUCCGGUUUAUUGUCCCACGCCGAUCCAGCAGGUUCCUCCGGUUCCUCACCAUCAGAGCCAAAAUUAUCAUCAGUCUCUGCACGAAGAUCGCGUGGGGUUGCAUAGAAACGGGGUUAUUGACGUGAAGGAGGCGAUCAAUUUCGCGUACUCGCCGGCGAUCUCUGCUGCGACUUCGUUUGUUUCGUCGUUGACGGGGGAUACCGAUGGUAAGCAGCCGUCGUCGAGUUCAGCGUUUCAGAUUGCGAAUCUUUCGCAGAUGUCGUCGGUGGGAAGGCCUCCACUGUCGUCUAAUUCGUUAAAGAGGAAGUGCGCCUCGUCGGAAAACGGUGGUUCCGGCAAGUGCGGUGGUUCAUCCGGCCGCUGCCAUUGUUCCAAGAGGAAGAAACUGAGAAUGAAGAGGGUAGUUCGGGUUCCGGCGAUUAGUAUGAAGAUGGCCGAUAUUCCACCGGACGACUUUUCUUGGAGGAAGUACGGACAGAAACCCAUUAAAGGAUCUCCACAUCCUAGGGGAUACUACAAGUGCAGCAGCGUGAGGGGUUGCCCGGCGCGGAAACACGUGGAGAGGGCAUCGGAUGAUCCGGCGAUGCUGAUCGUUACCUACGAAGGGGAGCACAACCACUCGCUCUCCGUCGCGGAGACCGGCAGCCUCAUCCUUGAAUCCUCCUAGCUUCUUCCAUGUAUUUAAUUUAUUCCACUGCCCAACUGCAUUUCUGCUCUGUGUACUAUACCAUAUGGGUGGGUUUGAACUUCGAGGUGCAGUGUAAACAGAGUGCUGUGACAAACCCAUUGGGAAAAAAAGAAAAGGAGUGUUUUGGUAAAAAAGUUUAGAUUGGGAGAUGGUGGAUUUGUUAAAGCAAAUCAAAUUGCAUGAAAUUUGAAAUUAAUUAAGACAUGGAAAGUGGGUUCAUUCAA